GAUGAGAGAGAGAGAGAGAGAGAGAGAGAGAGAGAGAGGAGCAGCAUCAGCUUGCAUACUGAAGCGCAUCAUACCACGAAGAUCUCACGCACCGUCCACAAAGCAGCAAGAAGCAACCAGGAAAAGGACACAAUGUCAGUCAACUGCACGGUGUGUCGUGGCCGGACAUCGCCAUUGGGUUUUUUCACAGGGAUGCGGAUUUCUACAGGCCGCUGACUGAAACACCGCAACGAGGGAAGGACGGCAGACGCUCUAAAACGCUUAGAGUGCUUUGUGAAGGCUGCGUCAGCUGACGUCACCCACCAACGAUCAUGUUAUCCAUCUUGGCUGCGGGCUCUGUGUUUUUCCCGGGGCUCUUCCUCUUGUCCAAGCAAUGUCUGAAACGGCUGCCUGGUCUGAGAUGGGGUGAGGGGGAUGCGGUCAUGGUGUCAGCCAGGUUGGUAUCAUCAGUCCAAGCAGUCAUGGCCUCCUCAGCUGGUUACAUCAUCUCGACUUCCUGUGAUGACAUCAUCAAGGAUCAGCACUGGCUGACCACCUCCUACAUCCUGUUUGCUGUGCCCUACUUCGUGUACGAUAUAUACGCUAUGUUCCUGUGCUACUGGCACAAGCUUCAGGUCAAAGGUCAUGAGGUGGAUAAUGGGCCCAAAUCCAAAACUGUGGUCCUGAGAAGCUACCUCCGCAGAGAGUUCCUCAUGGUCUUACAUCAUGUCGUCAUGGUCACCGUGUGCUUCCCAGUCUCCGUGUUCUGGAGGCAGGGGAAGGGUGAUUACUUCCAAGGCGUCAUGUUCCUAGCUGAGCUCAGCACUCCCUCCGUCUGCCUAGGCAAAAUCCUUAUUCAGUACAAGCAGCAGCACACGCUACUUCACAAAGUGAACGGGGCUCUCAUGCUGGUCACUUUCUUCAUCUGUCGAGUCCUUCUCUUCCCCUACCUCUACUAUGUUUACGGCAGAUACGCAUCCAUCCCUCUUUACCAGGUACCUCUUGUUGUGCCGUGGCAGUGUAACUUGGGAGCUGCUCUGCUCAUGGCGCCUCAGCUUUACUGGUUCUCCCUCAUCUGCCGUGGGGCUCUUCGCUUGUUCACUAGAGGCUCCUCGUGUUCCCGUAAGCCCACCUCUCCGUCCAGGUUCCUGCCAGAACGACACUCAUCUUCUUCUCAGCAAGCCAACGGCUACAGAGGUCAGGUGGACACGCUAGACCCACCCACCACCAUGAUCCACUAAGAAGAGACACUCAGAUAAAGAACAACUGUAUGUCCGUUUGUAUAUGUAUGAGUUUGAGACUAAGUGGGUCACAAAAUGAAGCCUGAUUGAAUUAACUGUGAAGAAGAAGAAGAAGAAGAAGAGGUAAAGAAGAGGUAAAGAGGUAAGAAGAAGCUGAAAUAAUCAAAGGAAAAUAUGUGACGUUGGAUCUACACAAAGUGUAACAGAAUAGUUGUACUAUAGCAGUACAAUACAGCACUCUUUUUAGCUCCAAGAUCCCUGUACUGCAUAUAGGACUGCUUUAGUAGACAUAUAAGAGCUGUGCUCAGAAAAAAAAGAGAGAGUGAGAGACUGGAAUGAACAUUGCAGUUGUGUUUUUACACAGUAGGCAAACCUAUGUCAAAUGCACAAAUGUUUGAAAAACUGAGGCAAUAUGCAUCGUUAUUAUGCAUUAUUAUGACACUAACUGGGUUAUAAUGACUGAUUAGAUAGGCAUGUAUUGGUUUGCAAAAAAUAAUUCAUCGAAUGACCAAUUGAGUUUCAUGGAAAAAAAAAUCAAAAUGCAAAUAUUUUCAAGUAAAAGUUAGGUUUGUCUAAAACCUAACUGGCAAUAAAAUCUAAAUUGAUUUCAUACACAAGAUCUUACUUAAUUAAUCCAGAGAUUAAAGACAGAUCUGUAAAGACAAUGAAAACUACUGGGCUUUUUCAACCUCUAUAUAAAAUCCUUUCUGGAAUGUAUUAUUUUGUACAUGCUAGUUCUUUGUUUUUAGACAGCCUGGCUAAGCUUAAUAACCGAAGCAUUAAAGAAAAGGGUGAGAUGCUACUCAAAAGUCCUGACUUAAGGCCUUACAGAGGUCUGUAUAGUAACUUUAAGGCAGAACAUUCAGGUAGAUCUUAACCUGCACUAUCAACUGUAUCUAUCUAUAUAUCUAUCUCUAUAUAUACUACUUGUAUAUACAAAGAUAAAAUAGACAACCCUUGAAUUUAUAGGUAAAAAAAUAAAUGAUCGAAAAUGACGCUGCCUUAUCCUUUUUGCAAUUAUAUGUCCUUUUAGUUCAUCUUUGCUUUUUUGGUCAUAGGAGAGAAUUUAAAUAUAAAUUUAAAAAACUACAGUGUGGAUAAUUCAAGUGGGAAAUAUUCUCAUAUAAUAGAAAAAUCAUCAUACAAAAUAUUCUCUAUAACCUUUUUAUUUAUGCUUAGUCUUUGACGAUUAUUUGUUUGUUGUAAGUUCCAAAUUACUUAUUCUUUGUUUUUGCUAAAAUGUACUUUUUAAUUUAAUGGUUUUAGUGUUCUGUCCGCUCUGUCUAUUU